CCGCAACUGCAUUGAUUGCGAAACAAUGGCCUCUUUCAUUGUCCUUGAUGUAGCCUGUUAUAAAAGCCCUCUUCGCGAUAUUCUCUCAUUUCUACAUCUUGUUCUCUUCCUUAGACGACGACACUCCUUCGCGCUUUUUUCUAUCACUUUUACGACUUUUUUCCGCUUCAAAAAAUGCCUCAAAUUUUCUCAUCGGCGUUGAAAGCCGUUAUCCUCGCUGGGUUUUGUUCCGUUGCUGCGCGCGCAGCCGAGAUUGAUGUUACUGUUGGAGGACCUGGAGUCCUCAGAUUCAGUCCAGAUUCGGUGACUGCCAACGUCGGUGAUGUUGUGCGAUUCACAUUUAUGCAGAAGAACCACACCGCGACACAGUCGACCCUAGCCAAUCCGUGUUCUCCCAUCGCGAACGGUUUCGAUAGUGGAUUUGUGCCCGUCUCUGACAAUACCACCUCUGGUUUCCCAGUCGCGGAACUGACCAUUGCCGACACCAACCCAAUUUGGGUCUACUGUAAACAAGCGAACCACUGUCAGCAGGGAAUGGUCUUUGCCGUCAACCCGGGCGACAAGAUGGCUCAAUUCCAAGCUGCGGCAACAGGAAACACGACUGCCACUGCUUCCUCCGGAGGUUCAGCGACCUCGGCAGCCGCUGGUGUUGUCACUGUUACCGCUACCGUCACUGUAUCCAAUGGACAAGUGAUGACGACUACCUACGCGACUACGGCAGCUACUGCAUCUUCGACCUCUUCCACGACAACCGACCACAAAGUCAUUGUCGGUGGAACCGGUGGUCUUUUGACUUAUUCGCCUGCCAACAUCACGGCUAACGUUGGCGAUACCGUUACCUUUGAAUUCCACCAAAAGAACCACACGGUCACUGCUUCUAGCUUCGCCUCUCCCUGCCAGGCUCUUUCGGGGGGAUUCAACUCUGGAUUCAUGCCUGUCACUACCGAUGCUCAGACUUUCCCGACUUAUACGAUCCAAGUUAACGACACCAAGCCGAUCUGGGCAUAUUGCGCACAGACCAACCACUGUGCACAGGGAAUGGUCUUUGCCGUCAACGCAAACGAGACUAGUGCCAACACCUUUGAGGCUUUCAAGGCCAAAGCCAUGAGCAACUCUACGUCCACUUCGAGUUCAAGUGGCGCUGCCUCGUCGUCGACUGGUUCGGCGUCGGGCGCGAACGGAACUACUAGUCUAGGGUUGCAUCGUUCUGGCGCCGUGGCCAUCGUUUUCGCAAUCGCAUUGGGUUGUCUGCUAUGAUCGACACGGUCUUUAUGAUCUUUCCCUUCGUGUUACGCGUCGUUGUAUCUUUUAUAUGGAUUCAUUGUAUCGAUAUUUACUCCUUUCAUGGACAUCUAGUUUUUCUAAUAC